AUGUUUGCAAUUAUUCUCUCGUUUUUCAUUUUUUCGAAACCUACAGUAACCCAAAAUUAUACAAAAGAAGAAUUGGAAAAUUAUCAGAAUUUUUUGAAAAAUCAAAAAAAAUUAUUGACUGAUUUAUUUCGAGAUUAUGAUGCGGGUGAUAGUGCGAUUUAUACAUUACGUGAGUUUUCUUGGAAAAUCUGAAAUUUUUACGGUUUCAAGACAUUUUAUAAGAUAGCAAUGGGACUCUAAAAUUAAAAAGGGAACUAAUUUGGCUCCAAAAUCAAUCUUAAGAUAAUUUGUGAACUUUAUUCACAUAUUUUUUGUUAUCGAAAUACAAAUGAGUUCCAUUUGAAUAGAAACAUAUUUGUUUGGCAAUUUUUUCGAAAAAAAUGGUUCGAAAUUUUUCAGCUGCACUCUUUUUUUCAAUAUUUGAACUGGGAACAAUUGUGUAUUUUUUAAACUUGAAACAAUUUUGAAAGAAGACAAUCUUUAAAACCUGAAAGAGCGUGAAAAUUAUUGGUUUUAUUUAUUUUUCAAAAUAUUUUCUUGAUUAUCAUUGAAGUUCCUCACAGGUUCAUCAAAAUUUGUGAAUCAAACAACAACAAUUCAUCCUCCUCGUCUCGAACUUCAAAUUCAAUGCAAUCGCCUAAAAUUAAUAGAUGUUGAUGAAAAAGAAGAAAAAGUUACAUUUCUAUUUGAUUAUAUUGCAAUUUGGAAAGAUGUUAGGCUAACUUGGAAUCCUGAUAAUUACGGUGGAAUUGCUCAUAUAUAUGUGCCACAAAGUAAAAUAUGGAUUCCUGAAUUAACAUUGACUGAUGUGUGGGUCUCCAAAAAUCAAUUGAAAAUUAUAGUAGAAAAAAAUGAGAAUAAUUUUUAGACAUGACAUACUUGAUUUCAAACCAGAUGAAAAAAAAGAUGCGUGGAUUCAUCACGAUGGUUCAGCUGGUUUUUAUGCAACAAUAGUUCCAUCUGUUAUUUGUCAAUUAGAUGUUUUCAAAUUUCCAAUGGAUUCACAUGUUUGUUCAAUUGAUAUAAUGUAUAAUACAUAUUAUACAAAUGAAUUUCUUCAAGUUUUUCCAAGUGUUGAUCCAAUUGCAAAUGUGGCUGAAAUUGGACAAUUAGGAAAUGGAGAAUGGCAAAUUGAUUGGAUAAAUGCAACAAUUGAUAAAAGUGAUAUUGAAGUUGCAAAUGUUAUGAAGUUUGUUGCAAAAAUUCAACGAAAUCCUGGAUUUUAUAUUUCGCUUGUUAUUAUUCCUGCAUAUUUUAUAAAUGCUUUGAGUCUUAUUGCUUUAUUUUUAAAUUUAAAUGCAAUUCCAGAAAAAGUGAGUCAACGUUUUUUUUCGGAACUUGUAUCAAUUUUUAUAACACCGGUUUACUGAAAAUUCAGAAAUUUGAAAAUUUUUGGAAAUCUGAUUAUUUUAUUCUGUAAAACCCCAUGAAUUGGAAAAUCAGAAACUUGGAGCUCUAAAAUUGAUAUUUUCUUGAUUUUUUUGAUAAAUCUUCCAAUCGGUUUCUAAAAAUCGAAUUUUUUCAGCUUGGUAUUGGUCUGACAAAUAUUAUGGCAAUGACAUUUAUUCUUUCAAUUCUUGCCGAAGAUUUGCCAAAAACUCGAAAAAUCCCACUCCUGGCAAUUUAUGUGAUUGUUAGUCUUGUAAUUGUUGUCGCUGCAAUUUUCUCAAUUAUAAUCUUGAAAUAUUUGAAGCGACAGCGAAUCAUGUUUUUGGAAAAUUCGAGAAUACGUGUAGAGUGGUUUUGA